CUUUUUCGACCCAAUAUCCGGCCCCCCAAUAUCUCCCCCAAAUCCUCAAAUCCCUCAAAUCGCGACGAACACAGCUACGAACAUCGGCUCCUCCGUCCUCCAUCCGCUGACGCCACGGCCUCCGUCCACAGCUACCGCCUCCGUCCAUCGCGGCUCAACCGGCUCUCGUCGUCUCCUCGCCGCCAACCGCGCGCCUCCUCGCCGCCAACCGCCACUGUUUGAGGAGGAAACAAGACGAGGGGAUCGGAGGAUUUAUAUUCAACUUAAUUAUUAAAGGCACCGAUAUGAUCCGCUCCACAUACAGAAGAUCGAAAUUCUCCAUCCAUUGAUCGCCAUGGACUACAAUUUCUUCCAGUGCCAUAAACACACGCUGCUAAAAUCAUACAAGUUAGGGAAGCCAUGGAGACCACACAAGUGCCCUCCAAUAUCGUCAUCAUCAUCCCAAUCCGACAGCCAUUAUCUUUCCUUUGAGUUUUGCUGGCAAACCGUACACAGGUACUUCAAUCUUCCAGACGAAACCCCCAACACUCCUUGCCUUAUUAAAACCAGGAAAGGAUGUGAGGGCAUUGUUUCCAUCCUCGUGGACGGUCUUGAGUUCUUAAAUGACAACAGCUACGCACUGCGGCUGGUGGAUUCUCUCGUCUCCAACAGCAAAUUUCGCGCCUGGGAUUUGGAGGCGGCUUGGAUAGUCUCAGUCGCGCGCAUCUUUCUCCAAGCUAACCCACACUUGGGAACCAUGCUCAUCGAUUUGCAAGUGGUUCGGGAUCACUAUUGUUACGAGAGCGUUUUGGUUCGCAACGUUAUGGAGCGAUCUUUAGAGGUGGAGAUGGGCGUUGUUAGUGGAUUGAAGCCGGCUAGCAAGGCCUCUCUCGAGUUGCUAAAGAGAGUGGAUUUUGACGAGGCGGACAUUGAUGACCACCAUAAUUGCGUGGUGUGCCAAGACGAAUUGUUCUCGUGCAAGGAAAAGGAAGUUGUUGAUAUGCCGUGUUCGCACAUGUUUCAUGGAGAAUGCAUCCUUCAGUGGCUCCAAAUCAGUCAUCGUUGUCCAAUUUGUCGCUUUAAGAUGCCAACUAUCUAACUUUUUUCUUUUAUAAUAUACUAGCUAGUUUUCA